AUGGACAGCUUCGGAAGCAAGGAACGCGAUGUCGAAAAGGCCAUCACACAAACCGAUCAAGUAGUUGCAGCAUCGGACCAAUUGCCGGCAAAAGCACAACCUUUGCCACCCAUCGCAGCAGAGCGCGGAAAAGGCAAAUUUCCCACACCAAGCAGUCACAUCCGUGUUGCACGCCCGGUUAAGUCUCUGGCGGCGGCGGAACAGUUUUGGGUCAAUGGACUGGGACUGGAAGUCCUCUGGCGCACGGAUUUAGCUCCGCAUCCAGGGGAGGGCGGGCAUUAUCUGCUCAUGGUGGGGUGGAAGGAUGCGGCAUGGCAUCUGGAACUGGUGCAGGUUAAUGAUGAUGAUCCUGAGAUUCAGCCCCGUCCGACGGAGGAGGAUCUCCUCGUUCUCUAUCUGGAAGGGCCGGUUGAUGAGACCGUGGUGGGGAACCUAGUUCAGGCGGGUGGCAAAAGGGUCACGGCGAGGAACUCAUACUGGGAGACGUGGGGGGUGACCAUUGAGGAUCCGGAUGGGUAUCGGGUGGUGUUGUGUCAGAGGAAGUGGUAG